AGCGCCUGAGCUUCCCUCUGCCCGCCCCCGGCAGCCACCCGACCCGGCAGGGGAUGGAGCCCGGCAGGUCAGAGCUGAGGCGCUGCAAGCCCUCGCCUCGGGCCGGGAUCCCGCCGUCCUUCUUCGCCCACCCGGGACAGGCGGCCGAGCCGGCGAAACCCCCCGGGCUGGACCCUGCGGAGGCGGACGUGGAGUCCCUGGUGCCCACGCACGACGAGCGGGGCCGCCUCAUCCCCGAGUGGAAGCGGCAGGUGAUGGUGCGGCGGCUGCGGGCCCGGCUGACGGACGAGGAAGCGGCGGACAGCCAGGUACGGGUCGGGCAGCCAGGCAGAGGUCGGGCCGGGCGUGGGCGCAUGCUGCCGGCUCGGGGGACGGCUGCCGCUGACCGCCCCUGCCCGCAGGACGCGGGCUCCUGGCGCUUCUCGCCCGCUCUCCAGGCUGUGCUGGGCCCCUUCGGGGAGCUGCUGACCGAGGCGGACCUGCAGCAGCUGGAGGGGGCGGUGGAGAGCCUGCGGCUGCGGCGGCGAGGCGAGGCUUACCUGAGCGAGCUGCGGCGGCUGGCGCGGGAGCUCCGCGCCCUGCUCCCCGCCCCGCUGCUCAGCGUCACCGUGCGCAGCCCCCUGCCCGGCCCCGGGCAGCCGCUGCCGCUCUGGUGCGGCCGCCUGGCCGGCGCCGUCAACAGCCUGACCGCGCUGCUGGCCCAUGCCGAGGGGGCACCGACCGCACCCCCCGCCGCCGUCGCCGCCGCAGGCGGGCAGCCCCGGGAGCCGGGGGGCAGCCUGGCGCAGAGGGAGAUCCGGCAGUGCGGGGUCUGCGUUCGCAGCCUCCGUGGCGUCUUCGAGCCCGCGUGGGGAGCGGCGCAGGAGAAGGCGGCAGCGGGGGGCGGCGCGGAGCACGCCAGCGACUCGGGCAUCGGCUGCGAGGAGGCGUUUUCGGACGGCGGUGGCUCCCCAGGGCCGGGGCCGAAAUGGGGCAGCCUGAGGAAGGAGCGGAUCGUGAUGCUCUUCCUGAACCACUGGAAACGGUCCGCCUAUGGUCCCCCCGCGCUGGCUGCCGGGGCACCCCGUGCGGCAGCGGGGCCGGGGCCGGGGGCGGCGGCGCGGCUGGCGCGGCAGCGAGCGGCCAUCCAGCGCCUGCUCUGCAGCUGGCGGGAGGCAGCCUCCCGCCGCCCCCCUCCGCCGCUCUCCCCCGCCGCCGCCACUGGUCGCACCCUCCUGUCCCCGGAGCAGUUCGUGGCGGGGGCCGGGGGGGGGCCGGCCAACUACGAGAGCCUGUCGCUGGAGCUUUUCAUGCUGGGCUAUUUCCGCAUCCUGGAGCAGGAUCUGCCCCCCGAGGAGCGCCGUGGCCGCCACCUGCUCUGCUUCGAGGUGUUCGAGCAGCUGGGCCGGUACGGCUGGCGGGCGGUGCGCGCCUUCCACCGCGCUGUCACCGACGAGAUCGCUGCCGGCCGGCGGAGCUGGCGGGACGGCUUCGACGACAUCAAGGCCAGGUAUUUCGGAUCCCCCCGAAGCUGGGCCCGGCGGCCCGGGGACGCCAAGGGAGAGGAGGAGGAAGAGGAGAUCUGCCGCUACAUCGACCGCAGCUUCGCCUUCUGGAAGGAGAAGGAGGCUGAGAUCUUCAGCCUGGAGGAGUGAUGCCUGCUGUCGGGAAGAGCGGAGGGCUGCGUGGAGCCGCGGGCUGCAAUAAAGACCUUUUCGGUGCUGUAGGAG